AUAGAAUGCAUUCUCUUUGCAUGGUUAUCGUUGUUGUUAUCGCUGCAGUGUGACUCGGCCUUAAAUUUUGCAAAAACUCCACUGGAUAAUGACAUACUUUUUAACUGUAGGCCUAGUCGGUUGCUAUUUAUUCAUUUCUAGUCUUGCCCUUAUUGUAAUUUUUGUUGUAAUUGUUUAAUGCUUGAUUUAGCGAUCAUAUUCAUGCCAUAUUUAUGUAUUCUUUAGACAAACAUAUAAAUGCUGUUAUGGCCUUAUAAUACAAACAAAUUUGCUGAUAUAACAUUUUAUUAUGUUUAUUGACCUGCAUGUAAUUUUCCUUUUAGAGAGAAGUUCUUAAAAUCUAAAGAGAGUCAAAGAAUUUGAAGAUAUUUGUGCAUCUUGACAACAAUAGACUUUUUAAAAAUCAAAGUUAGUUAUUCCAUAUUUUAAAGAACUGUAACCACUUUGUGCUUGCUGACUUUUCAGCUCGUCGGAUCCAAUCCUCAUCUAGAUGCUGAACAGGCUUUGAUGAGAACUCACAUAGAUGUAGAUGUAGAUGUUGACUGUAUUUGUGACGCCAGGAAUCACAGCAGAUAAAGUAAACCAAGGUAGCCGUAACCGAUUCACUGAUGAUGCACAACUCUCAUGAACUCUGUUGGAUCAGGACAUACUUCUUCGACUGUUCUGCUCAGCAUGGCCAACCCGCAAUACAAAGAUACCUUCAAUUUCAUUUGGACUUUUUGGAUGAUGACCAUCAUGACAGCUGGACCCUGUGACUCGUCAAACAGGACCAAGCUUCACAUCCUUGGGUUGUACCCUAUGACUGGGUCUUGGCCCGGUGGACUGGCGAUGUCUCUGGCGACGCAGCUAGCAUUGGAAGACAUCAACGCGAACGCGGACAUCCUUAGUGGGUAUGAGCUGGUGGUGAUCCCGAAGGAUACCGAGUGCAAUGGAGGCAAGGCUACCGAUGUGAUGUAUAGAGAGUUAUUUAACAGAUCCACCGUUAAGAUGAUGAUAUUGGGAGGUGGAUGCUCCGUAGCUACUGAACCCACUGCACAAGCUUCACACCAUUGGAACCUCAUACAGAUUUCGAUAGCAGCUUCGCCAUCUCUGUCCAAUCGUUUCCUUUUCCCGCGCUCAUUCCGUCUCCUACCUCCAGAGACCAUGUUCAAUGUGGCUAAGUUUGCACUUUUUAUGGAGUUCAACUGGACCAAGGUAGCCACACUGCACCAGUUCUAUCCGUUGUUCUCUCAGUCCAUGACGGAUUUUCACAAGGAAGCCAAGAAUCUGGGAGUUGAAAUCAUAGCUGCAGAAUCGUUCGUGGAGCAUCCUGCGUUUCCGGUUGAAAAUAUCAAGAGAGUGGGUGCACGCAUCAUAGUUGUUGGUGCAUACGCUGAUAUGACCAGGAGGGUCUUCUGUGAAGCCUAUCACCAGAAUAUGUAUGGCGCCAAAUACGUCUGGAUCAUGACAGGUUGGCUAGAAUACAACUGGUGGCGAGAGCCGGACGAUGCCAUAAAUUGUACUGUGGAUCAAAUGGAGGAAGCCAUAGCCAACCAGUUUGGUGUUUACAUCGAUACCACACCAUCGCAUGCUCACUGGAAGCCAACACGCGCUGGAUUGACAACCAAUAAUUUCUUGGAGAGAUUUGAGACACUUUUGGGUACGAACAACUCACUGAGUCUGCCUGGAUACGUGGAUAUCAGUCUUGUUUAUGACACGGCUUGGACCCAAGCACUUGCCCUUCAUCAGGCUCAAGAACGACUCGCUCAGCUAGAUCCACCGAGAACUUUGGAAGACUUUGAGUACGACAACAUUACAGUCAACAUUCUCUUUGACAUAAUCAGUAACAUGACGUUUCAGGGCGUCUCGGGUCCGGUGCAAUUCGAUCCCAAUGGAGACAGGCUGGGAUUGCUUGAGAUACUACAAAUGCAAGCGGGCAACUUUGUUUCCGUAGGGAUCGUGGAUCCAACUGUAGAUUCAGGCCGAGACAUAGAGUUCAAUGAGAAUUACCCGAUAGUAUGGCAAGGUAGAGCGCCACCUAUUGACUUUAUAAUCACUCGGGAAACGCGACAGACGAUACGGCUUCCUGUUGUUAUUACGGGUUCAAUAUUUGCUGCACUGGGCAUUGUACUGGCUUGCUGCUUUCUAACGUUUAACGUCCGGUAUAGGAAAAAACGGGUGAUCAAGAUGUCGAGUCCUAACAUCAAUAACCUGAUGCUAAUUGGAGGUAUGCUGGCAUACACUUCAGUCAUCUUCCUAGGGGUCGAUACAGGGAUCGCUUCGGCAGAAACAUUUAUUCUCAUGUGCAAGGCCAAGACAUGGUGUCUCUCCAUUGGGUUUUCCUUAGCUUUCGGAUCCAUGUUCAGCAAGACGUGGAGAGUGCACAAAAUAUUCACCAACAAAACGGCCAUGAAAACGGUUCUUAUGAGGGACCAGUGGUUGUUUGGCUACGUUGCUGCUCUAGUCCUGAUCGAUGUUGUCAUCUUGGUUCUAUGGGAAAUCAUCGACCCUGUGCUGGUGAAAGAACACUACGGAAGAACGGUGACUCAUCAAAAAAAUGAUGACAUCGUUUACAUAUCAACUCACACAAUUUGCGAGUCGGCCAAUCAUAUUUACUGGAUUGGGAGUUUCUACGUCAUCAAUGGUUUACUUCUAGUAUUUGGAGCUUUCCUAGCCUGGGAGACCAGAAAAGUAUCCAUCCCAGCACUCAACGAUUCUAAAAACAUUGGAAUUUGCGUGUACAAUGUAUUGAUUUUAUCAUUCGUUGGUGCUACAGUGUCCUUUGUUUUAGUGGAGAGUAACACCCACUACAGUCUAAUUGCCACACUUAUAUGGGUUGCAACCACACUCACACUCUGUGUAGUGUUUGUACCAAAGAUGCAACUUUAA